AAAAAAUAAAUCAAUAGUUUAACACAAAAAUAAAAAUAAAAUUGUUUCGAAAUGAAAAAUAUAAUUUAUUUUGAAGAAUUAGAAGAAGAAUAAUUUGGGUCAGUUUAAGUACUAAAUAUAGAUGAAUAUAAGUUGAUAGAAUAGGAAAAAUAUGUGAAUAUAUCUAGCAAAUUAAAACUUUGCACUAGUUUAAAAGAGAUUUAUCUGAGAUUUGAGAAUCUAGAAUUGUCAGUCGAGGGAUUUGAAUUUAUUUUACAGGCUUUACAAAACUUAUAAAAUUUAACUACAUUUAAAAUUCAAUUUAUUAAUUUUAAGCUUUCAGAUAAGAUAUUUUUGUAGCUAGGAUUGUAUUUGAAUACGUAUUCUAAAUUAGAAAAAAUUUAACUAGAUGUUACCUUAUGCAAAGUUAGUUCAUAUGCCUAUUUAAAUUUAGUCAAAUAAUUUGUUAAUAUUCCAAACUUAUUUAAACUCAAAUUGGAAUUUAUAGAUAAUGAUUGCAAUGAUUAACUUUAAAAUUUAAUGGAAGAAAUUAAAUUUUAAAAACUAAAAAAAAUAAAAAUAUUUUAAAGCAAAUUAAAUGAGGAAAAUUCUAAUUUUUGCAUAAACUUGAGUGAAUGCAAAGAUCUAAGAUAGGUUUUUAUAAAUCUUUAAGAUAGCCUAGUUAAUGACAAAUAACUAAUUUGUUACUCUUAAAAACUUUCAAAAUUGAAUUAAAUAGUUGAUUUAAAAUUGAACUUAGAGAAUAAUCAAAUACAAAAUAAUGGGAUUAUAAAACUGACAGAUUCUAUUUCAUAAUUAAAUUCAAUUGAAAUACUUUAUCUCAAAUUGAGAAACAAUUAAAUAAGCAAAGAAGGGCUUUAAUACUUUUUUUUGAAGCUAAAAUAAAAUCAAUAUCUUGAAAAUCUAACGUUUUUGUUGAGUAAAAAUAGAGUAGAAGGAGAUAUAUCUUAAGUAUUUGAAUAUUUAAGUGAAUUUUAAAGCUUAAAAAAGCUAGAACUAGUUUUGGAUGAAAAUAAAAUAGAAUUUAAUUAAGAAUUGUCAAUAAACACAGUUAAUUUCUGUAAGUAGCUAUCUGAAUUAAACUUAUCAUUAAAUAAAUGUUCUCUCUCCUAGAAAUCAUUGAAUAAUAUCAUAAAUGGACUUACCGAAUUUUAGUCUAUUAGAAACCUUACCCUUCAAUUAUAGUAUAAUUAUAUAGGCACUAGUUAUGCACAGGCUUUUAAAGAGUAGCUAUGUAGAUUUAAUCAAUUAAAUAAACUAUAAUUUAAUUUAGAUGAUAAUAUUGGAUGUAAAGAAUGUGUUUUGUCGAUAGCUUCUAUACUCACUCAAUUCAGCUGUUUAAAAUAUUUAAAUUUAGGUUUAAGUAAUUGCCAUUUAGGAAAUGAUUAAGUAUAAGAACUUAUUGAAAAUUUGAGUAAAUUACCAAGUUUAGUUGGAUUAUAGAUUGACUUAUAACAUAAUUAGGUAAAUUAUGAUCAUUUAAUAAAUAUAUCAAACAAAAUCAGAAAGUUUAGAAAAUUAUAAUCUAUAAAGAUGCCUAUUCAAUUCAAAUAAAAUCUAAAAUUAAUUAGAGCUUAGCUUUUAAAGUGCCUAAGAUUAUGCUCACUCUAAAUAUGAAAUUAAAUAAAUAAAUAUAUCAAUCAACUAUAAAAAAUUAUAUAAAUAAUUUGUUUUAUUUCUAACUAAAUAAAAAAUUCUUUUUCCAAAUUUUCU